AUGAUUUAUGAAGUCUAUGAUGCAUUGUUUUCUAAGGAGAAGAUGAAAUAUCUCGUGAAAAGGUCGGAAACUCAAGGAGAUGCUCUCAUUGUUCGAGGAAGAAGGACUCAUGAGAAUAAUUUUGGGGGUGAUGACAGGAAUAGGUCAAAAUCGAGAAACAGAAAUAAAACCUGUAAUUACAACAACAAGAAGGGUCAUAUCAAAUCUGAGUGUUUGAAACUACAGAAUAUAGAGAAAAGAGAAGCUCCAAAACCGAAGGAAAAGAAACCAGAGAAAUCUGGUGAAGCCUAUUUUGUGGAAUAUAGUGGUAGUGAUGGAGAAAUCUUGGUAGUUUCUGAUGGUAAAUCCAAACCCUAUAAGGAUUGGAUUCUUGGUUUAGCUUGCAUAUUUCAUAUGUGUUGUAAUCGGGGUUGGUUGACAACAUAUGAUACCAUCUCUAAAGGUGUUGUGUUGAUGGGAAAUAACACACCUUGUAAGAUAGAUGGUAUUAGAACAAUAAGGAUCAAGAUGUUUGAUGAGGUUGUGAGGACACUUGGUGAUGUGUGGAAAAAUCCCACCUCAGAUCAGCUCACUAGAAAGCUUGAGAGCCUCUUCAUCUCUGACAACUAUUUAAAUGGUUUCAUUCCUUUUGAAAUAGGAAAGAUGAAUUCACUUGAGGUUUUAGCACUAGAGAGUAACAAUCUUUCUAGUCCAAUUCCAGUAUCUCUAGGUGACUUAACUAAGCUCCAAUAUUUGUUCCUUCAUUCUAACCAACUUUCUGGUCGUAUUCCUAGUGAAUUGGGGAAUUUGAAAGAACUCAAUACCUUGGCAUUAUCUGAGAAUCAGCUUAGUGGUUCAAUUCCUACUUCCUUUGGAAACUUGAAAAACUUGCAAACUUUAUUCCUCUAUUUGAACAAACUUUCUAGUCGAAUUCCUGCAAAAAUAGGGAGGAUGAAGUCACUUGAAGUUUUUUAUCUUCAUUUGAACAAUGUUUCCUAUCCCAUUCCUAGUGAAUUGGGGAACUUGAAAAACCUUACUGAUAUGGAUUUAUUUGCUAAUAAGCUUACUAGUUCAAUUCCCGUUACUCUGGGUUAUUUAACUGAGCUCACACUUUUGUACCUUCAUUCUAACCAACUUUUUGGUCCCAUUCCUAAUAAGCUGGAAAAUUUUAAAAACCUCACUGAUUUGGAAUUAGCCACUAAUCAUCUUACCGGUUUAAUUCCAAUUACUCUAGUCCCAUUCCUAGUGAAUUGGGGAAAUGCAAAAAAUUUGAUUGAUCUACGCAUAGACAGAAACAAUAUUAGUGGUAGCAUACCGCUAGAGAUUGGAAAUGUCAAAGCACUUCUAGGACUUGAUCCUUCAUCAAAUCAAUUGACUGGGCAGAUUCCUAAGGAAAUUGGAAAACUAACCUCUCUG